AUGUUUCGUCGUUCACUUACAAUCGUCGCUUUAUUUGGCUGGGUUCACGCAGAUUUUUCACCUUCAUUCAAUGAGUUCUUGAGAAAUACCUAUGGCGAGGCUUUCGCCACUCGAAUGGCUCGACGAGAUAUCGGUCCGCAUGGCAGCUAUGGAGGCGGUGACCAUAGGAUGGGCUCCAGAACAUCGAGACAAGCUGUAGUGUUAGUGCACGGAAUCACGAACACUGCUGGAAGAUUUGAGGCUACUCGACAACACCUGCUCAAAAAAGGCUGGAGAGAGUCCGAGGUUUAUGCAACGACCUAUGGUGAUGGUGGAAAAACGCCAGCUCCUCUGUUCGACAUGAAGUGCGACUAUGUGAAACAAGUCAAGCGUAUCACAAUAUUUUCUUAUUGGCUGUUUCACAAAAUCCAUAUCGAUUUUUUCUCAUUCAACAAAAUUCUUCAAAAUCACUAA